AUGGCGGAUUAUGAGAGAGGUGGUGAGAGGGGUGGAGAAAGGGAAGAAAGGGGUGGUGAGAGAGGUGGUGAGAGAGGUGGUGAGAGAGGUGGUGAGAGAGGGGGAGAGAGGGGAGAUAGGGAAGAGAGGGGUGGUGAGAGAGGUGAGAGGGGUGAUAGAGGUGAUAGAGGUGGUGAGAGAGGGGGAGAGAGGGAAGAGAGAGGUGGCAGAGGAGGGUAUAGAGGGAGAUAUAAUGGUGGUGGAAGAGGGGGUGGUGGUGGUGGUGGGAGGAAGAGAUAUAGAGAUGAAGAUGAUUACGAUCGACGACCUCAACGACGCCGCUACGAAGAACCUCUCAUCGUUAGAGUCCGUAAGCAACUUUUGUUCAUCGCCGAAUCUCCUUUAAAGCGCGUCGAGGCAGAAGUUGCUGAAAUAGCAAAAGCUGUGUGCGACAAUUACGAUGAUGUCGAAUUACGCGAUUCGUUCUAUGAUUUAUCACUUCAAUUGGUGGUGGAGCAACCAUUUAAGAUCCCCUUUGUCGCGGCGGUAGUUAUGGUAUUGAAUACUUUGAAAGAGGAGAUGGUUAGAGAGUUGUUGGAGAGAGCUGCUAGGGGCUUGAAUAAAUCGAUCACGGCUGGCGACUGGAGACAGGUCAAAUUGUACAUGAAAUUUUUGGGAAGUUUGCAGGGCUUGUUGGAUGGUGAUGGUGUGUUCAGUGUCUUGCAGGAUUUCUUGACCAAGGCAUUGGAUUUGCAAACGGAGAAUAAUGAAGAGACUAUUGGACCUGAAUUGGUCAAGAUUAUCCUUCUUACGAUUCCGUAUAUCAUGGCAUCCUCGGCAACAGAUGCUCAUGAUAAGGCUGCGGCUAUGAUUGAGAAUACUGACAUCAUUGCUUCUGAACCACAUGUUCUACAAGCAUUGGUCGAGCCAUAUCCAGGAGAAGGUAAGGAUGAUUCUAUUGCGCCAGUUGGUCUUUUGAGUCUAUUGCAAAAGCAAUUACAGGCCGAAUCACAAAAUGGAUGGGAACUCUUCUGUUUACCUAGACCUUGGAAGAUGAUUGAACCGGAACAACAAGAAGCUUUGGCUUCGGCUUCCAAACACGCUUUACCUACGAUCACACUCCCCGAAGUUGUAAACGCUGGCCCAAGAACUUUGUUCCCUGAGCUUUACUUUUCGGUUUAUGCCAAUCAGGAUGUCGAGACUGUACCACCAAUUACGGAUAUUUCGUCGUGUCUCUUGAGAGAUGCUUUGGUUGAUACGAUCAAUAUCUUGGAUUACAACAGAAAUGCGGCAGCAAAGUUCUUGAUCGAUAUUGAUUGUUAUUUUGCUCCUGAUACUUUCGUCAAGAGAGCUACUCCAUUCGACAGACUUCGAGAUGUCGAGGGUGAUAGAUCAACAUGGAAACCUGAAGAUGUGGCAGUCGAUGCUGUCUUUUCACAAUUAUUCCAACUUCCAAUCCCAGAACACAAGCUUGUCUAUUAUCAUGCAGUCUUGACAGAAUCUUGUAAGAUUGCUCCAGCUGCUAUUGCACCAUCUCUUGGUCGUGCCAUCCGUUUCUUAUAUAGAAAUGUGGAUUCGAUGGAUCUUGAACUCAGUUAUAGAUUUAUGGAUUGGUUCUCGCAUCAUUUGAGUAACUUCGGUUUUACUUGGAAGUGGACGGAAUGGAUUGAUGAUGUAGAGCUUUCGGAUUUGAGCCCAAAAAAGGCCUUUAUCAUUGGUUCUUUGGAUAAGGAGAUUCGGUUGAGUUUUGCUCAGAGGAUCAAGGGGACAUUGCCACCACCGUAUCAACAAUUGAUUACGGAGGAGAAGGAAAAAGAUACUCCUGAUUUUAAAUUUAAUGAUCCAAAUACACCAUUCAGUGCCGAAGGUCAAGAAAUACUCGGCCUCAUUCGCAGAAAGGUCUCAGAGGAUGAAAUCCAACCCGUCAUUGACAAAAUCCACGCCCUCGCCGUCGAACAAGCUCUUCCAGAUCCUCUUGUUUCAUCCACAGAUGCGUACGUAACGUCAAUUUGCUACAUAGGAUCCAAAUCACUCAGUCACGUCCUAUCCUGUAUCGAACGUUGUAAAGAUCGUCUUCUGGCCAUUGAUCCCGCUUCCCCCGUCGCUCGUCGUCAAAUCAUCACUUCCGUUAUGGAAUAUUGGAAAGACCAACCGGGAAUCGGUGUCAACAUUAUUGACAAAUUACUCAAUUACACAAUUCUCAGUCCACAAAGUGUGGUGCAAUGGGCGUUGGGUAGUGAGGGCAAGAAAUUAAGUCAGAGUUUCGUAUACGAGAUGGUUGGAGCGACAGUAGGCAAGGUUACCGGGAGAAUCAGACAACUUCAAUUAAGCACAAGAGUUCCAGGAUUACUGGCCGAACAGAAAGAUUUAAUCAACCAAACAGUAGAGGUUGAAAGAAUGAACAUGCGCGAAUUAGCAACGGAAAUGGAUGAACUUCUUAGUUCAUGGGCGACCGGAACAAAAGAUCAAGAAAUGGAAGAAGGGGAUGGAACAAGCGGAGGCGAGGAAUUAGUUAGAGGGUGGGGUGAAAGAUGGCUGAGGGUUUUUAGAAGAAAGUUUGCGGUGGAGGAGGCGUGGUGUACGGAGGCGACAAAGUGGGUUGAGCCGCCUAUUGUUGAGGAGGCGAAGAUUGAGCAGGUGCAGAGGGUGGAGAACGCGGAAGAAUUGAAGCUUGAUGUAGAGGGAGAGGGAGAGGGAGAUGGAGAUGGAGAUGGAGAUAUCUUUUAG